AUGGCCCACCACCUCGCCAAAGGCGACGUCGCUCGCGAUGUCAUCCGCGACGACCUCAUUGCCGACACCUCCCUUCCCGCCCGUCCCUCCCACUUCUGCCAACCCGGUUCCCUAAACAAAUUCUCCUCCACAAUUACCCAAGAUCUCUCUCAAGGUGGCUCCCAAUCUAUGCUCUACGCCAUCGGCCUCCGCGACCACGAAAUGGAUCAACCACAGAUCGGAAUCGGGUCAGUCUGGUACUCCGGGAACCCUUGUAAUAGCCAUUUGUUGGAGUUGAGCGAGAAUGUGAAGAAGGCUGUGAAGGAUGCGAGGAUGGUUCCGAUGCAGUUUAAUACGAUUGGGGUUUCGGAUGCCAUUUCGAUGGGGACGACGGGGAUGAGGUUUUCGUUGCAGUCGCGUGAGAUUAUCGCGGAUUCGUUUGAGACGAUUAUGAGCGCGCAGUGGUAUGAUGCCAUGAUUGCCAUUCCCGGAUGCGACAAGAACAUGCCCGCGGUCCUCAUGGCCAUGGCACGUCUUAACCGACCUUCAAUUAUGUUGUACGGAGGCGCGAUUCAGCAGGGGAGACGUCAAAAGGAUGGAAGGAUUGAUAUCAAUGAUACAUGGGAUGCCUAUGGUGCAUUCGUUAAUCAGACCGAGUCUGCAGAGGGGUUUAGGGAUGUCAUUCGGAAUGCUUGUCCGGGACCGGGUGCGUGCGGUGGGCAGUACACCGCUUCGACUAUGGCCACCGCUGCGGAGGCUAUGGGGAUGUCUCUCCCCGGAUCUGCCUCCAACCCGGCUGGGAGUCCCGAGAAACUCCGUGAGUGCGCGAAGACAGCGGAGGCGAUCAAAGUGUUGAUGGAGAAGGACAUCAAGCCGUUGGAUAUCAUGACCAAACCCGCCUUCGAGAACGCGAUCACGAUGACCAUGCUCCUCGGCGGUUCUACGAACUCCGUACUCCAUCUACUCGCUAUCGCAUCUUCCGCAAACGUGGAUCUGAGCCUGGACGACUUCCACCGUAUCAGCGCAAAGACUCCCUUACUCGCCGACAUGAAGCCCAGCGGGAACUUUUACAUGACUGAUUUGCACGAAUUGGGAGGCAUGCCCGCAAUCAUGAAAUUCCUCUCCUCCUUCGGCUUCCUCAAUGGAAGCAUCAUGACAGUAACCGGCCGCACCCUCGCCGAAAACCUCAAAUCCGCCCCCUCCCUCCCACAAGACCAAGUCGCCAUCCGACCCGCCACGAACCCCAUCAAGGAAACCGGGCAUAUCCGCAUCCUCUACGGAAAUUUGGCACCGGGUGGUGCCGUGGCGAAGAUCACGGGAAAGGAGGGGUUGGAGUUUAGAGGUAAAGCACGCUGCUUCGACUCGGAGCGGGAUUUGAUGGAUGCGCUUGAUCGGAAGGAGAUUAAGCGGGAGCAUGGGAAUACGGUUAUUAUUGUGCGAUAUGAAGGGCCGAAGGGUGGACCAGGUAUGCCGGAGAUGCUGAAACCCGGCGGUGCGAUUCAAGGGCUCGGUCUCAACGAUUGUAUCGCCCUCGUCACCGAUGGGCGAUACUCCGGUGCCUCCCGUGGUUUCAUUAUCGGGCACGUAUGUCCCGAGGCACAGGACGGUGGACCUAUCGCGUUGGUCAAGGAUGGAGAUGAGGUUGUGAUUGAUUCGGUGGGGGAGAUGAUUGAUGUACUUGGGGUGAGUGAGGAGGAGUGGGAGAGGAGGAGGAAGGAGUGGGUUAAGCCGCCGUUGAGAGUUAAGAGGGGAACGUUGCUUAAGUAUGCGAAGUUGGUUAGGGAUGCUAGUCAUGGGUGCGUUACCGAUUUGGCGGAGGAUUGGUGA